UAGACCAGCGAGGCGAAUAGUAAACAACAGCGGGGAUACGCAUCAUAAACUCGAGACUUUGAGAGGGGCAGCAGAGGGGGAAGGAGGGGGACGCAGAACAGGGGGAGGCUUUUCGCUUCGGCGAUGCUAGCGUCGGAUGUUAUAGCUGGCUAGCGAGUCCUCAAGCAGCUGUGCUUCAUCUUUCAUCGCGAUGGCAAAAGCAAAACGACUAUAAAGGCGACAGUCGGAGGGGAGGCGUUUUGGCUCUCGAUUUCAAUGUUAUUGUUAAACGUUUACCUUCGGUCACAAUGUCCUGCUGCGGCAAUUUGGUUUGGGAUGUCAAUAAACGUUCAAUCGGAUACAACGACCCCAAUAUCAUCAGGACCAACUAUUUAGGCAGGAGAGAAUUUGUCCAACGCCUUAAACUCGAAGCUUCUCUGAAUGUACAUGAUGGCUGUGUCAACACUAUAUCCUGGAAUGACACGGGGGAGUAUAUCCUAUCAGGGUCAGACGACACCUUCCUGGUCAUCACCAACCCAUACAACAGAAAGGUCAAGAAGUCAAUACGGUCAGGUCAUCGGGCGAAUAUCUUCAGUGCUAAGUUCAUGCCCCAUACCAACGACCAGGAGAUCAUCUCUUGCUCGGGGGACGGCAUCAUCUACUACACCCACACUGAGAAGAGCCCAGAGUACAACAGACAGUGUCAGUUCGCCUGCCAUUAUGGAACAGCUUAUGAGAUUAUGACAGUACCCAAUGACCCUUAUACGUUUCUGUCAUGCGGGGAGGAUGGCACCGUCCGAUGGUUUGACCUCCGCACCAAGACCAGCUGCACUAAAGAAGAAUGCAAAGACGAUAUCCUGAUAAACUGCCGAAGGGCAGCAACCUCCAUAUCCAUCUCUCCACUGGUGCCCUACUACCUGGCCGUGGGCUGCUCGGACAGCUCGGUGCGCAUCUACGACAGGCGUAUGCUGGGCACCAGAGCCACAGGUAACUACAUGGGCCGUGGGACAACGGGCAUGUGCGUGAGGUUCGUUCCUGCUCACCUGUCCAACAAGUCUUGCCGAGUGACGUCUCUGUGCUACAGCGCGGACGGCCAGGAGGUGCUGGUCAGCUACUCGUCCGACUACAUCUACCUGUUUGACCCUAAAGAUGAUCAGGCACGAGAGCUGAAAGGCCCGUCGGAAGAGAGGAGGGAGGAGCUCAGGCAGCCCCCUGUGAAACGUCUCCGUCUCCGAGGCGACUGGUCUGACACGGGGCCUCGGGCUCGUCCUGAGAGCGAGAGAGAGAGAGAUGGAGAGCAGAGCCCCAACGUGUCUCUGAUGCAGAGGAUGUCGGACAUGUUGUCCCGCUGGUUCGAGGAGGCCAGCGAGGCUCAGAGCAGCAGAGGAUCCCGGCUACAGACGCGGCCCAGAGGAACAACUCUCCGUCCUGAGGGGCCAGCCGCCCCCCCAGAAGCCCCCGCCCCGGAGUCCAGUGUUCCCGAACGGCCCAUGGAGACAGACGCUGAGGCACCCGCCGGUCCCGCCACCUCCGCCCCAAUGCCCCAAUCCCUCUCCUCCUCUUCCUCAGGGUCAUCAUCGACGGUCACGGUGCCGCCUCCCUCCAGCUCCUCGUCAGUGGAGAGCUCGGCGCCAUCGUCCUCACCACCCAUCUCCUCCCCAGAUUCGGAGCAGAGGAGUCAGCCUGACACAGCCUCCACGUCUACACCCACAGCUACGCCCACCUCAGACGCCGCACUGUCAGAGUACAGUUCUCACCGGCUGCCGGUCAGUUUAGUAUGUAGGCGCUUGCAGAGGUUACUGCUGCUGGCCGACCCGCCGGGACAGGGCGAGCGAACGGCCCCUGACAGACGGUCACAGAGAGCCCCUGCCGCUGAGACGCCCCCCCGCACAGAUUCUCCCUCGUCUGUGGUAAACAAACAGCUGGGAUCCAUGACUCUCCAUGAACAGCAGGGAGGAUCGGAGGCUGUGGGUUUGGUCCCCGCAGAGCCUGGGUCUGUACCAGCUGGUGGGUCGGGGGUGACCAGCAGCGGCACUCCAACCACUGGCGGUUCCAGCACCGGUCGGCCUGAGGGAGCCGAGCCCGUCCUGAGCCUUCACUACAGCUCAGAGGGAACCACCACCAGCACUAUCAAACUGGACUUCACGGAUGAGUGGAGCAGCAGGACAACUGGCUCCAGAGGCACCGGCGGACCCAAAACGUCCGACACCCUGGCCUCACAGAGCAGAGAGAUCCUGUUUGCCGAGAGAUCCACAGCAGAGCAAGGUCCCACUGCUGGCCCCGUGUCAGAGCCCUCAGGGCAGACCAAGCCCACCUGCCCAGACCUGGCGUGUGAGGCCUCCUCCUCCUCCAGCAACCAGGGCAAUGCGUCAGCACGGGCCCUAGCAGGAGCCUCCUCUGAGGCAGAAAGCGGGACUUCUUUUUCACUGGCGAGAAGCCAGCCAGAGGGAAUGGAGGGCAUGGCGGAGGGCUGCAGGAGGGGGGAGACCACAGGAGAGCAGGGAGCAGGGGGUCCCCGUCAGCCUUCAUGUGGCAACCAAGAGUCAGAUGACAGCGACGACGACCCCAUUCUCAUUCCCUCACCGAGGUACAGAGGAGGACAAGGGCAGAGUUCCAGGGGAUCUGCGGUAGGAGAUAGAAUGAUCAGACGCUCGGCAGCUGCCCGUAUCCAGGAGCUGUUUCGACGGAGGAAGGAAAGAAGGGAGAUGGAAGAGAGUGAAACCCAGAAUAUCAGAAGACCCUCGGUCAAAAUGGUCUACAAGGGUCACCGUAACUCCAGGACAAUGAUCAAGGAGUCCUGUUUCUGGGGCAACAACUUUGUGAUGAGCGGUUCAGACUGCGGUCACAUCUUCAUCUGGGACAGACACACGGGGGAGCACCUCAUGUUGCUCGAGGCCGACAACCAUGUGGUCAACUGCUUGCAGCCUCACCCAUACGACCCCAUUCUGGCCUCAUCAGGGAUAGACUACGAUAUCAAGAUUUGGUCGCCUCUGGAAGAGUCGCCGUCGUUCAACAGGGUCCUGGCAGACGAGGUCAUAACUCGGAAUGAACUGAUGCUGGAGGAGACGAGAAACACUAUCACCGUCCCGGCCUCCUUCAUGCUUCGAAUGCUUGCUUCCCUCAAUCACAUUAGAUCAGAUCGGGUGGAAGGCGAUCGCUCCGAAGGUUCUGGGCAGGAGAACGAGGAUUAGCAGUCGCAGGCUGGUGUUUUAUUUUAAAGAAAGCACCAUUCAUUUGUUUUUUUGUUGUUUUUUUGUUGCUCUAAAGCACUUGAAAAUCUGAGAUUUGUACGAGCAUAUUGUAGAAUACUUCAUUACGGGAAGCAGUUCGAUUUCUAGUCCCCCUCUGUUUUUUAAGAUGACUUUCUUACUGAUGUUUCUGUAUGAGAAAAAAAUAUACUACUACAGCUGAGACAAAAAUGUGUGUGAAUGAAAGGGCAAUAUAUACACACACACACACACACACACACAUACAUAUAUAUAUAUGUGUAUGUAUGUAUGUAAUAUGAGAGGACUGGUGUGUAAAGUGCAAUAUUAUUUUGGAGGAAGUGAGCUCUGAUCAGUGUUUGGGUUUGACCUUUCUCAUUUGUAGCAAAAGGCAAAGAACUCAGAUGUUCAUGUACUGCGCCGGCAGUUAUGCAUGUAAACGAGAACUCUGAUUUAAGUCAACCAUACUUAGAGUAUGCUUUAAUUUUGUUAUUGAAACAGAAAUAAACUAAGCUGUGCUUCUUGUCUCCUAAGGGUCAAGUCAGUGGAUUGGUCCUUAAUGAAAUGGUGUGUCUCGUGUGCCCGUAUCUACAUCAGCCGGAACUCAAACAAAUGCACUGAAUGGAAAAAUUCCCCGUAAAAAUAAAUAAGAAUGUUAUCUUUGAA